AAUGGGUAAAUGCACCGAGUCAAACAUUCAUUCUAUAUGGCAAGAGCUACUGAUAAGUUAAGAGAAAUAUCAAAUUUUCUUCCAUCAGAAAACAUGAGGGUGAAAUAUGUAAGGCGUGGUGUAAUACGAGUGGUUAAAAUGGGAGAGUUUAAAAUAUUGUGCAAAGGCUCGCAGUAGGAUCAGUUGUAGUUGAGCUUCGUCAGGAAAGUUGGAAAGAUUAAGAUGGAGUCUAAGUUCGUGAUUUUCUUGUUGUUUGUCUUUAUGGCUGACAUGACUUCGGUCGUCAACAGUCAGAGUAAAACUACGGUGAGUUUGUCGUGUUAUGAUAUCUAGGCACUAGGGUUUACGUAUGGUACAUUUACUGGUAAUUUAAGCUAUAGCGAACAUUUAAUCAUUUAUAUUGGACAGCUGUAUCAGUUCUCGCUAGAAGACAAGUCUAUCAGUCCUUAUUGCUCCCGUGUUAUAUUACAAUAGGAAACCUAAAGUAAACUACGUUAUUUAAUACUGCCGCGUACAGGAUAUCUCGAUCAGUUCUAAACUGUUGUCCCUUCACGUUUAGAAUAAGGACAAUCCCUUAUUGCCCCAUGGAGUGUAAGCUCAGCAAUAGAUUUACUGCGGGAGUGCAGGGGUGUGGGCAACACACUCUGGAUCUGGCACGAUCAAUCCAUGUGUUAGCUACUAGACGAGCUACCUAAUUAACCAAACUCAUUUUAUUUAUACUAGACGUUUGAUAGCUCUUUGAGUUCUGUCGAAGCUGUUUUCGUUCAACUUCCAGUAUAAGGACCAUCUUGUGUUGCUAAUUGUGUUAUUAUAUCCUCAACAAAUCUUUGUCAUUUUUUAUUAGUCUUCUCAGGUGACCUGUGGUUCUGCCGGUAUCCCAGGUAUCCCUGGAAUUCCAGGAAAUCCCGGAAGAGAUGGUAUUCCGGGGUCACGUGGUCCUGCGGGAGGGAAAGGGGAGCCUGGGGAGAGAAGAGAUGAUUACGUAGAUCUGGUAAAGUCAAAUUGGAAGCAAUGCGUUUGGAAAAGAAAUGAUGGCAAAGACACUGGCUUGAUACAGGUUUAAUUAAGAAAUUAAGGAUAAUAUUUAUUUAAGUAACAGUUCCAACAUGAGAUAGAGAACAUUACUGGGAUUUCAAAGUCCAAGUGCGUUUUUAAAAAGAAUCGCGGACCAGCCUUAGCUGCUUAGGCCCCAGUUACACGAUACCGGAUUCGUAUCGGAGCGACAUCAAUUCAAGGUGUUUUCCAGUCAUGUCUGCUAUUACAACUUUUCAUAUAUGAAGUUUUUGUUUAAUUACCUCCGCCAGGAGGUUAUGUAAUCAUCUGGGUUUGUAUGUGUGUGUGUAUGUGUGUGUGUGUGUGUGUGUGUGUGUGUGUGUGUGUGUGUGUGUGUGUAUGUGUGUGUGUAUGUGUGUGUGUAUGUGUGUGUGUGUGUAUGUGUGUGUGUUUGUCUGUGAGCACGAUAACUCAAGAAAUACCAAACAUAUCCGUACGAAAUUUUUUGAAUGCAUUUCCCAUCGGCUAAGGAAGAACUGAUUAAAAUUUGGUUGAAUUUGGUUAAAAAUUGAAUGAGAAAUAACAAAAGUUUGUCUUGCUUUUCCCGGUCAAUUAAAUAAAACUUUAUACUGAAUGCGUAAUUAGGACGUGCAUAAUAUAUGCACCAGCCAUUCAAAUUCUAAUAACAAUAGAUUACUUCAAUAUUUUGCGCGUAGGCGGAGGUAUGCAGUCUCUGAGUGCCCUCUAGUUAUGUUAUGUUAUCAUAUUUUAAGUGCCAAAUUCAUCUCGAAGCAGUAAAAUUGGAUGUCGCUCCAAUGCGAGUCCGGUGUUGUGUAACUGGGUCGAGUAUUUGAACUGACGUCCGUCAAACGUUGUAAUUUAUAGUUCUGAUUUUAAAGUUCUAGUACUUUAGUUCACUGUAGGAGAUCCUCCUUUAGUUUCUUCUGUGAAUUAAUGAGUUUGGGAAAAUAUUCUUACGACCUACUUUGGUAGCAAAUUUUAAAUGUUUAGUUCACACUUGGCUAAGUUGCUGGCCAAUUUCUAAACUGCGCAUUCCUACCCUGCAACCAAACCUUAAUCAUUACCCUAAUCCAAACCUAUUCGGAACAAACGUAGACGAAAUCUUAAGAUAAUCCUAGUCCCUACCCUGAUAUAUGUAAUCCUUACCUACUCGUAGUCUAGUUAUAAUCCUUGCGGCUUACUCUAGUAGUAAUCCUAACUGAAUCCCACUUUUUUCCAAUCCUAAACUUUUCAUCUAAUCACUAAAUUAUUCCCACAUUAACCUACUCAAACCCAAUGUCCUAACCCUAAGGUGACCCUAAUCUAAUCCUAUCUCUGAUCUAAUCCUAACCUAAUCUAAUUCUUACUGUAACCUUAAUCUAAUCCUUACAUUUGUCUAAUCUAAUCCUAAGCCUUUAAAGCCUCAUGUAAUCCUUACCCUAAACCUAAUCAUAAGUUUAUCGUAAUUACCCUUUGUCUGUUCUGUUCAUAUAGAACUGUAUUUUCAUCAAGAAAUAUGACAACACCUCACUCCGUGUGUUCUACGCAGGGAACCUACGUUCUAAUGGCAGAGCUGUUUGCAAUCGAUGGUAUUUUACAUUUGAUGGCGCAGAAUGUACAAAACCAGCGACUAUUGAAGGAGCUGUUUACGUCUCCCCAUCCCAAGCCAACCCCCAUCGUCACCGCCAUAUCGAAGGCUACUGUAACCAGGUUCCUAAAGGUCACAUACGUGUGGGGUUCUGGAUAGGCAAGUGUCAGGGUAGUAGUCUCGGAGAUGGUUAUACUGGUUCGUAUUCCAUGUCUCGUAUUGUGAUUGAAGAAGUACCACCUCCUCAAGCUUAAUAUCAUAUUAUCAUUCAAGAAAAAUAAUUUAUUUAAAUUAUACUAUAUGACCAAAUUAUACAAGUAUACUCGGACUUUUACAAAAAGACUUUGAGAAAAUUAUAUUUGUAAUUGUUGAUGUAAUGUUCAUUGUCAG